AUGUCAGACAUAACGAUUUGUAUCAAAUGUAAUGAAACCCCGUCUACCAUAGUCAACCGUAAGGAGGCGAUGUGUGACUCGUGUUAUAAUAGAUUUGCCAGAGGUAAAUUGCGGAAAGCUUUAUCAUUGGAUAUAUAUAAAGUCAAUUCAAGAUAUGGUAUCCAUAGAAUCUUAGUAAGCUAUAGUGGAAGUAAAGCCAGUUUAGCCACUUUAGAUAUGUUAUAUGAUUUGAUGAUUGAACAAAAGAAUAGAAAUAAUGGUAAGAAAGGAUUUGAAAUAGUGGUGGUUAAUAUUGAUGAAUUUGAACGUAAUUCUUUACCCCAAUCAAUGACUAGUAAGUUUGAUGAAUUGAAAUCAAAAUAUGAGGAAGUAUCGUUUAAUGUGGUGAAUAUUAAUGAUUUUUUGGAUGGUAAGAAAUUGAUUGAUUACGGACUCGAUAAGCAAUUCAAUAUCGUUAUCAAGAAAAGUGAUAAGUUAACUAUGGAUCAAAUAUUCCAAUCUAUCGAUAAGUCUUCUCAAGAAGAUCUCACAGAAAUCUUAUAUGAUAAUAUUCUACUUGAUGUUUGUAAAAAAUUCCAAUGUGGUACCAUAAUGUAUUGUGAAACCAUGAACAAAUUAGCAUCUGAGAGUUUAUCAUUGAUCAUUAAGGGAAGGGGUACCAAAAUUCCUGAAAAAAUUAAUGAUACUACCAUUGAAGAUAUUCAUAUCAUACAUCCUAUAAGGGAUUUAUACACCAAAGAAAUCGAAUACUAUAACAACAUCAACGGAAUCAGUGAUUUGGUGGUGGAAAGUAAUAGAGUGAUAUCCAAUAUCAAUAAGAAUAUGUCAGUUAAAGAAAUUGUAGAUAGGUAUUUGAGGAAUGUUGAACAAAGUGGAUAUUCUUCAACUAUACCCACCGUUGUAAAGAUCAGUGAAAAAUUAGUGGCACCAUCGAAAUUCUCAGGUAAUGAUACAUCUAAAUGUAAUAUCUGUGGAGAUACUAUCUAUCAAGAUUGUAAAACUUGGUUAAGUAAAAUCACUGUUAAUGAUUCAGCUCCUUUAACUGAAGAAAUCGAACAUGAAUAUUUGAAAAUGUUCCAAGAUCAAGAAAUUAAUGAAUUUGAUAAAUCUACUGAUAUACCAAUAUGUUAUGGUUGUAUGGUUGCUAUGAAUAAACCUGUUACCUGGCCAACUGAUGAAGACAUUAUUAAUGAAUACUCUUUAGAAUAG